UGGCUACUGAGCCUUCCUUUGUGGUCACAUGGUAUGCUGUGCAUAUACUGAACUUUCCUCUGGCAGUGAUAGAUAAGCUGGAGACUGACUGUGACAGCGUGGAGAAGAUUAAAAUGACCUCUGUGAACAGGUUGAUGCGUGCUAUUCGAGUAUUUGAAUUUGGGAAUCCUGAAGUCCUAAAACUCUGUACAGAUGCUCCGAUCCCUUCACCAGGAGAGGAUCAGGUAUUAAUACGAGUUCGUGCUUGUGGCAUAAAUCCCGUAGAGACAUAUAUCCGAGCUGGAGUGUAUGCAAGAAAGCCAACUUUGCCGUACACACCAGGAACCGAUAUUGCGGGAGUUGUUGAAGAAGUUGGGAAGAAGGUGACGUCAUUCAAGAAUGGUGAUCGUGUAUUCGCCACAAGCACAAUCACAGGCGGCUAUGCAGAAUACACUCUGUGUUCAACUUCUACAGUCUAUCCUCUGCCUGACCAGCUGAACUUCAAGCAAGGGGCAGCCUUAUCUGUGCCAUACCUGACUGCCUACCGAGCACUCUGUCACAAAGCCCAUGCUAAACCUGGAGAAGUUGUCCUGGUUCACGGGGCCAGCGGAGGAGUGGGAAUAGCUGCGUGCCAGAUCGCCCGAGCAUACGGACUAAAGGUUUUUGGCACAGCUGGUACUCCAGCGGGACUUGAUUUAAUUCUGAAAAACGGAGCCCACAAAGCAUUCAAUCACAGAGAGACAGAUUAUAUUGAUAAAAUUGAGGAGGCUACUGGAGGACAGGGAAUUAAUGUUAUACUGGAAAUGUUGUCCAAUGUUAAUCUCAGCAAUGAUUUGCGCCUCCUGUCUUCCGGCGGCAGAGUGGUGAUUGUGGGCAGUCGCGGACCAAUCGAGAUUAACCCUCGGGACACCAUGCUAAAGGAAUCCAGUAUAAUUGGAGUUUCACUGUUUAGUGAAUCUAAGGAGGAAAGGAAUGAAUCGUUUGCUGCACUUUUUGGGGGAAUAGAGGCUGGCUGGUUAAAACCACUGAUUGGACCGGAGUAUACAUUAGAUAAAGCUCCACAAGCUCAUGAAGAUAUAAUACAAACCAGCGGAGCCACUGGCAAGAUGGUCUUUGUGAUCUAAAAUGUGAAUUAAGAAUGUCCUCUGUCUGGAAAUUCUAUGGCUGUUAAAAUAAAUACUGUAAUACAGUUACCACUUUGGAAUCAUUUGAAUGUAAUCUACCCUAGACUUACUUUUUGCCCAUAAAUUUUGAUUAUAUCUUAAUCUGUAUGUUUAUUAAAUUAAAUAGUAAUGUUGGUGAUUUCAUGUGUUAUUUAAUAUCAGCUACUCCUGGCACAUUUGUAUACUAGUCUGUGAACAGGUGAUGAUGGUUAUUAAAUACUGAACUUUGGUCAGACCAGACUCCAAGCUGCUGCUGCUGGUAAAGUGCACAACUCCCAGCUGUCUAGUCACCCACAUUUGUGUAUGUGUGUGUGUAUAUAUUUCGGAUUAUUCAAUAAAUUGCGAUUUGCAGUGAA